AUGGCAGUGCCAUAUAAUCAAGAAAAUGUAAUUCAAUGGAAGACAACUAUAAUAGUCAGCAGUUCUCUUGAGAAUCAUGACACUGUCAAAAUGCUCAAAGCUGAAGAACAGCGGCUCAGAUUCACAGACAGUGUGGAGACUGGGGCCUUCAUUUUCCCUCUCUCAGGUACUGCUUUUCUGUUGGUUGACCCACAAGAUCCACAGCAUCAGGCGUCUGUUCUUGUUGAGAAGCUGAAUACAUUUGUUCAAGUCCAUCGAAACUGCUUCAUGCUCCUUCACGCCCCUUUCAACGGACCUAAAGAAAUGGAGACACUCUCACUGGUUCAAAACAGGUUCUUUGGGAGCAACUUGCGGAUCCUGCCCGUGAGAAACAAUGCUGAUAUAGUCAAAGGAAUGCUUAAAAUUGCUAAGGCAACAAGUAAACCUCACGUGGACAACAUUCGAGACCGGCUGUCCCUGGCCCGUGCCCAUAUCAUUGAGAACAGCUCUGUGUGGGAGAUGCUCAGAGAUAUGUUAUAA